AUCAUGAGCGCAGUGUUGCCGUUCCCUUAUUAACUGCCCUGUGUAUAAUCCCAUUGUGCUGGGAUAAUUUGCCCUCGGCUGCUUGACGAGAUUUAUAAGUUACACUUCUGGUGGUGUAUAUAAUAGUGAAAGCCUGGGCGGGUUUUAAACCAUAACUGGAUGCUGAGACUCGAAUCUGGCAACCCCGCCUGGCUGUGAACUCUCCAUUCCGGACUGGACACAGAGCUGUGCUGACGGACUGAUGGACGUGUAGACAGAGAAGCAAACACAGGGCAAGAGGAUCGAGGAGAAGGAUGGAUGGAUUCACUGCUGCGGGUAGUAAAAGGAUGGAACCGAGCAGUUUCCCUGUUCAUGCGGAAUUACGCGCGGGUUUCCACGUUUUUCUUCACUGCGCAAAAUGAUGAUCUCGGCGGACAGAAACUUUUGUUGAUCAUCGCCUGAAUUCGGCUAUGACACUGAUGCACAUUUCUCACUCGGAUGAUUAGUUGAUCACUAGUUCAGGUCUCAUUAUGAUUGCUACUGGAGGCCUCCUGCGAAUCUCAGCAAGACGUCAGGAUUCUCUCCAAGCCAAAAACCGGGCAGAGAACAAGCGCAAGAGAAAAGCCAAAAAGAAGCGAAAGAAUGAGGUGGUGGUGGUUAAGGGCAAAUUGAAGCUCUGUUCAAUCUCUGGGCUGAUUGCUGCACUGGGCAUUAUUGUGCUGCUGGUUGGGAUUGCCUUGGCUGUAUUAGGCUACUGGCCUAAAGGAAGUCCGCUUUACCCAGGACUGCUCACAGUUAAAGGCUUACAGAAACAAGCCUGGACUGAUGGAAGAGGAGGACCCAAAGCAGUGAACUGGACCACUAGUGGCAAGCUCAUUUAUCAGCUGGAUAAAAAUCAUAUAAUCUCUAAUUAUACUAAUAACACAACUGAGGAAUCGCCAAAGUUGGGUGUUUUUGCUGAGUUUUUAAACAAACACUUGCAUUCAGACAAACUUAAAGUAUUUGGACCAUUGAUUAUGGGCAUUGGUAUCUUCCUGUUUAUUUGUGCUAAUGCAGUGCUGCAUGAAAACAGGGACAAAAAGACAAAAAUCAUUAACCUUAGGGACAUUUAUUCAACUGUUAUUGAUAUUCACAGUUUGCGAUCCAAGGACAAUGCUUCACUCAAUGGAUUUGUGAACUAUAUGCAAUCAAAGGGGGUAGAAGGCAAUCUGAGUUCUGUAUACAAUGCUGCUAUGCUAGCAAAAGGCUCAUGGCCAUCUUCAGACUCUUUCAAACAGGACCCAGACAGCCUGCCCUCAUCCAGAAAGUCAUCUACUGGCAAACUAGAAGACUUACCUUUGGAUAGUCUUGUGAUCAAAGACACAGUGUAUAGCAUUUGCAGGGAUCAGUCACCAGAGGCCAAGCAAUGGGAGACCAAAACAAUUGUAACUUCCUCAGUCAAUGCUUUCACGCUACCAUUGAUCAGGCUUAACCACAGGACAGCAGGAAACAGAAGGGGUUCAGAUAAAACCGGGGAGAUCAGAAGUGAAUAUCUGGAUUCGGAUGCUAUUCGUCAUUGCUACGAGUCACUAGCUGCAUCAGGGAGCAUCACCAAAGCUAAAGUGAAGACUUCACACACCCGAACCAUUCUUUCCCAGGACUCAGUGGAAGUUUAUAAGGGUAGCGAGAGCCUGCAAGAGAUGCCACAUCUCUCCCUUGAAGGCUCUAGGGUGCAACUCCUUCAGGCAUCCCCUGGUCCUAAAGUGACUGGCUCUCACCUGUCCUUAAGUGCCCUAUCUGACUACUCCAGGUCCAUUGACUUGGGUAUCUGCCCAUCCACCUCUGUGGAAAGGCACCUGGUGCAAACCAGGCGACGUAGCUGUCCUCGAUUGGAGGGCCUGAGCAGUGGGGGUUAUAUCAAACUCGAGGGUCUUGGAGGUGAGUCUUUUGAGUCCACUGAUGUGACAAGUUUUAGUCGUGGGAGUUCUUCUGAACUUUUGUCUAAAGGCCAAGUUUCAAAAAGUCCCCUUGUCUUGGAGGAAGGUGCUUCUGAUGAGCAUGGCAUGAUCAGACAGUACUCAAAAAAGGAAAAACUGGUGAUGAUUUCCCAGUCAGACACUACCUUAGAGGACCUGGAACUAGAGAGUGUAGAACUCUGACUGAGCCAUUGGAUUAAAUCAGUGAACUUGCAACUUGAAGUUUAAUUGACAUUACAUUCUAAAGUUAUCACAGCAAUGGAUCUUUUCCCUUGUGCUCUUACAGUGAAAAUAGAUACAUUAACUUGCUGUAUAGCUUUGGGUUGGGUACUAAUGAAUAUAUUAUGUUUCUUUCUUUGGAAUUACAUUUAAUGCCUUUUCAGAUUAAGAAUGAAAAAACUUGCAUUAGAGAGAACAGCAUCAAAAACAUGCUGGCAUGCCAUGAACAUUUAUAAUUGCUAUUUAAUAAGCAAACAAACAAACAAAAAAAAGUUUUGAAGUGUGGUAGCACAUCUCUAUAAGGUUUAAUUUUGUACUCACAGUAGAAAAAAAGGUAUGUGGCUGUUCCACCUGUCCACCAGUGUAUUUAUUUCUAGUCAAUUAAUGAGAAGUUGCUGUAUCAACAGCAUGUAUUUUAUACUGUAGUGUCCUUGCACUUUUUUUAUAUUAUCCAGAUUCAUUUUAAAGGUUUGACUAAAUACAUAGCAAUAUCUUAUUCGAACUGUCAUCUGCCUGAUGUAGACGCAUUAUGUUUGCAUUUGACCGGAGAAGAAGAGUUUUUAUUACGAUUGUAUGUUUCUUUUUAGAUGUCUUGCCUGUUUAGAAAUGGCUGUAAUGUUUUGUGCCUGAAUUCUGAUCUACGUCCACCCUCUAGCACAAUGAAUCAUUAUCAGGAUCAUAAACAUCUAUUCAAACCAUG